AUGCUAAGUAAAAGAACAAUAACCAAGAAACUAAAUAAAAGCAUUUCAACAGCUUUACUAUCAUUUCCAAGAUAUAAUCAUUCCAUAACUACUACUACGACUCCGGCAUCACUGCAACCACACAUUGAAUUAACAACAUUUGCCAAUGGAUUACGAUUAAUUACUGAUUCAACGCCAGGACAUUUCAGUGCGGUAGGUGCAUAUAUUGAUGCAGGUUCAAGAUAUGAAGAUCCUAAGGCACCUGGAUUAUCUUACUUGCGUGAUAGAUUAUCAUGGAAAUCAACAGAAGAUUUUACUGGACAACAAAUGUUGGAAAAUUUAUCGAAAUUGGGUGGUAAUUAUAUGAGUUCUGGUCAAAGAGAAUCAAUGAUUUAUCAGGCAUCUGUUUUUAAUAAAGAUAUUGAUAAGAUGGUUGGAAUGAUUGGGCAAACUAUUAGAUAUCCUACUUUCAGUGAUCAAGAAUUCCAAGAAGCAUUACAGACUGCUGAAUAUGAAGUAGCAGAAUUGGCAUAUAAAUCAGAUUUAUAUUUACCGGAAGAAUUACAUACUGUGGCGUAUAAAGAAAAUACUUUAGGAUUGCCAUUAUUUAUCCCACAGGAAAGAAUACCUUUAGUAUCUAAAUCUGACAUUGUCAAUUAUAAUAAUAAGUUUUUCCAACCACAAAAUACUGUUAUUGCCAUGGUUGGUGUACCUCAUGAGUAUGCAUUAAAAUUAAUUAUGGAAAAUUUUGGUGAUUGGGAAAAUAAAACUACAACAAAACCAAAUUUAGGAAUCAAAAAUUAUACUGGUGGUGAAAUUUCAUUACCUUAUACUCCACCAUUAUAUGCCAAUUUACCCGAAUUAUAUCAUAUUCAAAUUGGUUUUGAAACAACUGGACUUUUAAAUGAUGAUUUAUAUGCAUUAGCAACUUUACAAAAAUUAUUAGGCGGUGGUUCAUCAUUUUCCGCUGGAGGUCCAGGUAAGGGGAUGUUUUCAAGAUUAUAUACUCAAGUAUUAAACAAGUAUCCAUUUGUUGAGAAUUGUAUGAGUUUUAAUCAUUCUUAUAUUGAUAGUGGUAUUUUUGGUAUAACUUUAUCUUUAGUCCCAGAAGCUGCACAUGUUUCAUCACAAAUUAUUGCUCAUGAAUUGAGUCAAUUGUUAGUUAUUGAAGAAUCCCAAGGUGGAAUGAAUUCAAAAGAGGUUCAACGUGCUAAAAAUCAAUUGAUCAGUUCAUUAUUGAUGAAUGUGGAAAGUAAAUUGGCUAGAUUAGAAGAUUUGGGUCGUCAAAUUCAAUGUCAAGGGAAAAUCACUACUAUUGAUGAAAUGGUUGAUAAAAUUAAUCGUUUAACUAUAAAAGAUUUACAAAAUGUUGCAGAAAAAGUAUUGACUGGUAACGUUAUAACUUCUAAUAGUGGCACAAGUUCAGGUCUCCCAUCAAUUGUUAUGCAAGGAGAAAGAGAAGCUUUUGGUGAUGUUGAAUUUAUCCUUCGAAAAUAUGGGUUAGGUAACUUUAAAGGUCCAGAAAUCACUGAACCAAGAGAUUUCAGUAAUCAAAAUACAAAAGAGAAAAAAAGUCGUUGGCUUUAG